AUGUCCUGGCUCCGUCGAAUGUGGAGUAGAAAAUUCGAUCAGUCUAGUGAUGAUGAUUACUAUCGAGAGAUUCAGAUCCCUCGCUUUUUUCUUGCUACCAGUGGCAUCUGGACAGAACAUGUAAAAACUAAUAGAAUCAGAUUUUCCAUUUUUGUGACCAUACUGAUACUGUUUGCCGCUCUACCUCGCCUCCUAGGCCUGUUCACCAUCGUCAAUGAGAAUCAAUUAUUCUAUCAAAUCGGUUCGCUCCUGUUUUACGUUAAUGUGAUAUGCGCCAUGUUUCUACUCCGCUUCAAUUCAGACAUCCGUCGAUCUGUUCUGGCGGAAAUGCGCGAUGAUUGGGAGACUACUCAUGACGUGGAGGACAAACAAGUUAUGCAGUACUAUGCUGAGUAUUCAAGAAAGGUGUCAUUGCUUGUCAUUACAGUGAGAGGUGUUUCUUUAAUCGGUAAGUUCAGAUCUUUGAAUCCACUGAUCACUUCAAUCAUAAGGGGAGACAACAUGUCAACUGGCAAGAAGAAGUAUCCGUUCCUGCCGUCUGGAACAUUCUUUGACACUGUGAGCAGCAUCUGUUACUUGAUAGCCCGCAUUGUAUCUACUGUCACAAUGAUUGGAAUCGACACGUUCUUCGCAAUCUUGACCAUUCAUACUUGCGGACAACUAGUUAUACUUGCGAAAAGGAUCACAAGGUAUCGAGGGCAAACUCAUCAUCAGUUUGGAGAAAACAUCCCGAGGACCUGCAGUUGCUUGAAGUGCAUCGUUGAUUCUCACGUCAGAAUCUGCGACUUCGUUAAAAGAAUUGAUAACUAUUUUUAUAUCGUCUUCUUUAUGAGACUGCUUGUGGGAGUGAUUGACCUGGCUUGUAGUGGCUUCGAGCUUUCAAAGGCAAUUGCUAAGGGCGAGUACGCAUACCUGAUGACAUUCGUAAUUUCUACGCUGUCAACCUCCUCAACCUUUUUGAUCAACUGCUCAGUAGCAGAAACAUGCCAGCAAGCGGGCUAUGCUCUUGGUGAUGCUGCUUACUCUGUUGAGUGGAUCACAAAACAGCCGAGAAUUUUACGACAUUUGAUUUUCAUCAUUCGUCAAACAAGACUUCCGCUAAAAUUCACUGCGGGGAAGUAUUUCAUACUCUCCCGGAGUCUCUUCAAGGAGUAUUUCCUAACAGCCAUGUCUUACAUCUCAACACUUAUAACUAUCAAAUUAGGCAAAUAA